UCGAGGUGCGACAAUGGGGAAACAACGCCCAACGCCGUCGAUGAGGAAGAACGUUCAGAGGAAGCAUGUCAUGGAGCUGCUGCGUGUCACUGCACGGCCUCCACAAGAACGCUGGAGCAUCAGGGAAAGCGUGAACUUCAAGAUUGCCCUAGGAAGGUUUGGUGAGGACUGGCCAAGAAUUGCACAGUUCGUCAGCACAAAGACUACCCACCAGGCACUUCCACCCACCUUCAGUACUUUGUACUUCCACCCAUCUUCAGUACUUAAGCCCUGUUUGGAAUCACUCCGCCCCGCUCCACUCCGUGGAGCUGGGCUUGAGCAGCUCUGUGAAAACGAGCUACAGCCUGCUCCACUCCCGGAGCGGAGUCGAGGGAGUGGAGUGGAACCGAACAGGCACUUAAUGGUCUUAUCAAAACAUCAACUUAUAGAGCAAAUCUGCCCCUUGCAACUUGAAACGAGUUCAGUCAUAUGAUGCAUGUAACACGACUCCUUCGCUGUUUUCUCAGAUCAGUGUCUAUGCUGAGGAAUAUUAUCUUAAGCAUCCACAGACACA